AUGCCAGUGAGUCGCCUGCACUUUCCAAUUUUCUGCCUUAAUGCAAUAUCCUUCUCUUUCCUUCCAUUAACAAGUUACAGCUUAGAGGAUUGCGCUAUACUUCCAUUAGUAGGACAUUUAAGUAAGCAAUUUUCAAACAAUUUUCGUGCGAAAUAUUUUAAGAACACUUCUUCAAUGCCUAAUAAUUAUGUCCUAUUAUGCCCACUGAACUUGUUUGCUGUAGUCUUUUAUUUAACAUUUGUUGUGCAACAAAGCAUCCAACUUUGUUCUCCCAAUUUUCACGCUUGUCGCAAUCUAAAAUAUGAUAAUCAACGGUCAACGGGAAUCAAAAUUGGAAUCAACUGUCAGAAAAGCCUUGAAAUAUCUAGAAUAUGCAAUAACAUUGAUUUAAAGAGCAAACCCGGGGUGGAGGAAGUGUGGAAUUAUGACUCUGAAUUAUUGUUCAAAGAAAUGAUUCGGGAUUUUGUUGGUGGAAGGGAAAACGAAGGAGGGCACCUCAUCCCUCUCAGCAUUGAGUUCCACAUUUCAGCUCGUGGACAAAGUGAUGAUUGGGCUAACGAAGCUGGAUAUUUCUGUACAGAUUUGGUUCCGAUGCAUUUUAAUUUAUCUGCCUGUUUUUGCCUGAUAUCUGCACUUUCGUGUCAGGCAUGUGAUUGGAAAAAUUUACUACAAAAUAUGUUGGCAACGUUUCAUCACCACUACAUUCCUCUUCAUUUAAUAACAAUAACAACCAAAUUUUUGAGAUUAUGA